GGCGCUCUCAACAGUGACUGAAAGCAAAGAGAGAAAAACAACUGUGCAGAAACUUUUCGCACUAAUAGCUAAGUAACUAGCUAGCCUGUUAUAUGCAAAUACUUUGGUACGUUAGAAUUAUAAAGUAGGCAAUUUUGCGAUCCCCUACAUUAGCUAUGAAUGCCAACAAAUUGCUAGCUAACGUUAGCUGCAUAAUAUAAGACAUGUCUGUUCCUGCUCUGAAGAUGGACCAACAGGUCGACGACGACAGGGUUUUGUUCCCCACUGCUGUGUCGGAGGAAGUGCUCGUGGAGGGGCGGCGUAAACAUGCCAUCUGCCGGCUCUUUGGGUCCAGCAGUAUUUUCCUAUCAUCUGAAAGCCGGAGAGGGGAUCGGCCUGAUCUCAUUAACAUUUUAACAAAAAAAGCCAUUGAACACUAUGAGAAUGGAGAAGAGGCAAUGGCAGAGUCCCAAUUUUCAAAGGCUGUGACAUUCUUCACCAAAGCUAUCAAUCUUCAGCCGAAACAGACCCAGCUCUAUGUGAGCCAGGCGGAGGCCUAUUUACAGUUAUGUGACUUCCAGUCUGCAGUCGUCAGUUACAGGCAUGCCUGCCUCCUGGAGCCUCAGGCUAAGACCUUACACACACGUCUGGCCUUCAUCUAUUACCUACAGGGCCAAUGUUUGUAUGAUAAGGGCAUGUUCCUGGAUGCUCUGGAGUCGUUUGCCAAGGCUGCCGAGCUCAAGCCUAGCUGCAGGUCAUAUCACAUGAGGAGCCUGGCAUGUCUGACGGCCCUGGGCCGCUAUACUGACUGUCUGAGGCUGGUCAGUAACUGGCUGGAGGCAGACUCUCAGACCGCAGAUCUGUUCACCCUCAGAGCACGGCUCCACAAACAGCUCAACCAGGUAAAAAUGUGCUACCAUGAUCUGAGGUCCGCUUUGACUCUCAGUCCGUCGUGCCCAGAGGCAGGUGCCCUGCUGGGCCAGCUAGAGGAGGCCAGUGAAAGGGCCAGGCAGCAGGCCGUCAGCAGGGCCCUGGCAGGGGAGCUCACAGAGGCCCUGUCCAAGAUCAACACAGCCCUGGAGCAUUGCCCUGAGACUGGGAGGCACUACCUCUUCAGGGGUAUUCUGUACCGCAGGCUGAAAGAGUUUACUGCUGCCAUUGAGGACUUGGUCCUGGCUGUGGAGCUGAGUGAGGCUGGAGACGAGGGAGACCAGGGGUCGGAGCUGAGCGGACACACCCAGGAAGACUGGAGGGCCGUGCAGGGGGAGGCCCAGGUCCAGCUGGUGCUCACUUACAACGACUUUGCUGUGCAGUGCUUCUCCCGUAGCUUCUACACAGAGGCAGUCCUGCUGCUCAACAAGGCCAUCCAGGAGCAGAAGGAGGAGAGUGGCCUCUACAUCAACAGAGGAGACUGUUUCUUCAAGCAGGACGAGUGGGAGUUUGCCCUGGCUGACUACCAGCAGGCGAAGGAGAUGUCUCCUGAUGACCAGGUCAUCUGGAUCCGCCUCGCUGUCAUCCACAACACCCUGGGAACACACUGCUACCAGGACCGGAAGUACCAGGAGGCAGCUGACAAGUUCUCUGAGGCCAUCAAUUAUAACCCUGGAGUUAGCCGGUACUAUGAGAACCGAGCCAAAGCCCACAGUAAACUGCCCAACGUUGAGGGGGCCAAGCAGGAUGCCAUCAGUACCCUCAUCCUGGACCCCACUAAUGAUCAGGUGGUCCCUCUGCUGCUGAGUCUAUUCCCAGGCUGCUCCGUGUCAGAUGUUCUGUCCAGUGAAACGGCCAGGAUGGUCAAAGCCCAGCUGAUGGACAGCAUCCAGGCCUGCAAACAAUCUGCAUCCUCCGUGCUAAGAAUGUGCAGUGGGCUUGACAAGAUAACCCUGUCGCAUGACGCAGACAGCCAGUCUGACAGCCAAUCCUCAGAGGACCAGUUCGAUCAGGGGGCGGAGCCUCUUAAAGUCUGUGUGGCCCCGCAGGAGGUAUACCAGCAGAUUGUCAGGAUCAACCAGCAGGUGAAGCGAGCAGUGCGAUUGGCCCUCGAAUGGCGGCAGCCUCUACAGUAUGACGGGCCCCGUAUGGCCCCCGCCUGCACAGUGGAACGGGAGCAGUCUGCACUGGGCUCAAAGGACAGGCCAUACCACUGGAGGAAGUUUGGGGGGUUUGGAGUGAAUUCCAAAUGAGCAGCAACACUAUGGCAUUUACUACUGUUCAGUUGACAUGGUGGAACUGUUGGUCCACUGUUGCUCUUCAGCCCUCUGAGCUUGAGUGAGGCCAUAGUAAUGUAGAGGUUGUGAUGGUACCAUAUUGUUCUUAAUCCAAUAGGUGUCAGUAGAGGCACACAUUUCCAUAGUUCCACCUCACUUGUUUGGAUUUAAUUGAUCCAUUAAUCUAGAUUGUCAGGGCACAACGAUUUUGUUAUGGUAUUUUUGUAUUGUUUUUGUAUUGUUUAUGUCCAUAGAUUAACAGGCAUAUGGAGACAUGUGAAGGGCGUAUGACAAAAGGGAAUAGGUGGGGCAGUUCAGUGAUAUGACAGACAUAAAGGAUGGAGAUACUGUAGCUCUAUUGUGUCGGUUCUAUAAGUUUGAGAAUUUAGUUGAAUGGUAAUACCAUUGUCUGUUUAGCAAUUGUUUUUAACAGUAUACAGUAAAUCUUUAUUUUUAACAGAUUGUUUUGCAUUGAAAAUUUGUCUGAAAAGUAUGUUUUGCCAAAUUAAAAGAUAUAUAGACAAUUGUAUAGAUUGAAAUCAUACUGGUCCUGUAAAUAGAUCUAGAGUUGAAAAUAUUUUAUGCAUGGCAAUAAAGUGGUUUACAGUGUGUAAUAGUU